AUGGCGAGCCUUCCUGAGAUUCGUGUCUUUGCGGGCGACGCUGUGGGUCGUCUCAAGGUUUUGUAUACCCAGAGUAAGAGAUAUGAUACCAUGGAGGUGCCAGGAUGCAAGUAUGGCGCUGGUGCAGCGUGUCAGCUGCUGGCCUGUAGCAUGCUGGCCACCGAGCCGCCCAUUUGUGUGAUUGCGCUGGCCCGCAAGAAUGGCAUUGUGGAUAUUAUCCGUGUGCCUUCAGGAGAUGAGCAGGAACAGGCCGGCGAACUGCUCGGCACAGUGCGUGAAGAGCGCAUGCGUGUUGGUGUGGAGCGCUGGGUCGGACUGCAACUGACGAAGACGUACGUGGAUGGCACUUACCGCAGCGGCCUCGUUUCCUGCACAUCUGGGGGCUUCUUCCGCUACGUACCCCUCACCGAGCUACUCAAUGGAGAGACGACGCCGGAAGCGUGGGCCUCGUCGGCGAUCACCUGGACUGUCCCCAGUCCUUUGCACCAUGUGGCGUUUUAUCCACCCCGUUCGGACACGCCGACGCAUUUUGCCUAUGGAGGGGAGCAGGUGCCCUUGUCGAUAUGGAGCCUUGCAAAAGCGCUCGAAUCAGCGCAGCAGCCGGUCCAGCCGGAGCCCUCGGAGGAGCCGUCGUCGGGCCACACCGGCAGCAAGCGCUCGGCCUCAUCCAAGUCGUCCAAGGGCCGGGGCUUGUUGCCAGGUGAGCUUUGGCGCGCCAAGAACCUGCCGAAUGACCACCUGUCCCUCCCGCGUCCGCCGCUCAUCCGCACGCUGGCGUUUGCCCCGACCGAUGCGGUGGCCGACGACGAGCUGAAGGGCAUGCGCAUUUAUGCCGGCACCAAAGAUGGCAUCGUGCGUGUGUAUGAACCCGCACAGAAGCCGCGCCCCAUCCACGAGUGGCAGGUAGGUGCGAAGGAGCAGGGCUCGCUGCGUGUGCUGCAUCUGUGUGCGUCGGAGCAGAUCCUGCUCGCGGGUGACACUUCGCGCCGACUCUCGGCGGUGGAUCUGUCUACGGGCCGCGUUCUCUUCCAAUACAAGGACAUUACCGGCACGCUCUCUGACGUACUGACUGUGCAAGAUGCGCAGGCGCAGCGCACGCUCGUGCUGAGCGCCUCACUUGAUCAUCUCGUGCGACUCUGUGAUCUAGGUGAGCCAUACGGCGAGAGACAGCGCCGCCGCGGCCAGGUCCUUGAGCAAUACUUUACAGGCGCCGACCACGCCGUAGCCCUGGCCCUGGACCCCCACCAGUCGCCGGCGCCAGUCGAAGAGGCCAGCGAUGACGAGGAGGGCGUUUGGGACACCAUGGCCGUCGUCGGUGAGAAGGUCUCGGAGACGAGUGCGCCUGACGACGACGAUGACGACGACGAUAGCGACGCAGCGCGUGCUGACGCACGGCGCGCCGAAAAGCGGCACCGCCGCGACCCAUAG